AUGCAGCUUCUUAGAGCGAAGACGCGACGCUUGGUCAUUCCGAUGAUCGGAGGCUUAGACAUCGAUACCUGGGAUGAGAUCCCCAAUGGAGGGUUCGUUGGGAAGUGUUGGGUCAACUUCAACGCCGAUUGGUGGUGGUAUGAUGAUGAGUCUGACUACACGCCGGUGAUCAGCGGUGGCCUUGUGGCAACGACUCGGCAGUGGUGGACGGAAUCUGGUGGUUUCGAUCCUGGAAUGCACGGGUGGGGUGGAGAGAACACGGAGCAGCCAAUUCGAACCUGGCUUUGUGGAGGUGAUGUCAUGAGAGCCAAGAGCAGCAUCGUUGCCCACAUGUGGAGGACCGAAGCCGACCCUCGUACGAUCGCGCGCUACAAGAUCCGCCAGAAGUAUGACAACGUUGCUCGCACGGCUGCUGCAUGGUUUGACGAGUUCCUGCCGAAGUUCCGGAGUGGUGAUCUACCCCAUGUCAACGUCUCACAGACUUUGGCCUUGAAGCAACGGCUGGGCUGCAAGCCAUUCGCCUACUUCCUCCAUCGCUUUCGCAAGAUCUACCUGGACAGCGGGAUGCUGCCGGAGCUUGUGUUUCGCAUCCGCAGCCGCAGUACUGGGCUCUGCCUCCAAAGACGAAACCGCGAAUACGUCCUGCAUAACUGUCAGGCUGGCACGUGGUUCCACCGAGGCAACAUGAUCCCGGAACAGUUCCCAACGCCCGCGUCCUUGGCGUCCCUGUCGCCAAAGCGGGAAGACAAGCUCGUGAACUGUGGCGGUCAUCAGGCGAAGGGCGGCUGCGACGCCUGCCCACAAGGGCAUGGCUCCGAGUGGUGCAACGCAGACUGCACCUGGGUCUUUGCCGUUUGCAUGUCGACGGAUGAUGCAAAGCAGGUGGAGCGCCAGAAGCCGAAGACCUGCUGCUCUGGGAUCCGAGAGUGGAACUCUCUGGACUGCUGGGCAGGCUUGGGUGGCAACGGACCCGGAACAGCACUCUGUGACAUCACUGGGCACUCCACGGAUCAGCAGCAUCUCGACUCGAAAUAUGCUGGGGAAGACCAGGCACUUCAAGCCAGCCGAAUAUGCCGUGGUCUGAACCCUCUUCACUGUGUUCACCCGCGUGUUCGAGUGUCUCCAUUUGCAUGCCGCUUUAGCGCGGUUGGCUUAGAGCUUCAACAGGCACCAGUUGAUUGGAAGCUUCCCUUCAAAAGUCUUGUAAAGCUGUGGGUCCUGAUUCACGGCUUUCGGAAGAGUGCAGUGGGUUUUGCUCAAGAACCGGUUUAG